UUCGCAGGUGCAAACUUUGCAAACAACCUGGACAUGACAGGAGGACUUGCCCGACCCGUCAGUAAACUAUCAGCCCACUGUCAAACUGAACUGUCUUAGAGACUUUGUAUUGUAAAAUGUUAUUCACCUGUUAGUUGUACUACUUAUUGUGCAUUAUGUGGUUUGCACUGUACCCCUUUAGACAAGAAGUGACCAUUGUAUUGUAAAUGUAAUUUUAUUUAUUUAUUUCGUGUUUCUUAAAUAUUCAUGGAUCCGUGUUUUGAUGCAGAGACAGAGCGUAGGUAGUCAGUGAGCAAGAAAUCUAUGGCGGGAUCCUCUAGUACAGGCUUUCCAUGGACACCUGCAACGAUCGCUAUAGCACUUAAUGCCUCCUUACAGGUUGUGCGCGAAGGAAAUGAUGAUCCGUUAAAGGAGAACAACAUAAUCCAAGCCGUGGCGAAAUUGCAUGCAAGACCCAUAUGUUCUAGGUUAACCGCGCCACUCCAAUGUGUAACCACCGAGGACCUUAGGGCCCUCUUGUAUCACCGGCGUCAAAUGUAUCUGAGGGUCCGCGAACUGGCCGACCAUCCUUCUGUGAUAGGUUUCUCUAGGAGGCAAAGAACGAUAGUAAUGUCGCCAGACCAGUAUGCAUCCCAUAUUCAGGCUUUCCCGGAAGAUGAACAGUUGAUCAACAAAGAAAUCUCACACUUCUUGACGAUGUGUAUGCUCUUCGGCGGGGGUGUGAUGCCUGGUUCGCGUAGAAGACGACGACAGUCAGCGAAUCAAAGGGGUACAGAGGCGACCUCUACGAAUCAUCCAGAUAAUGACGAGGACGAAGACGAUGACGAUUUCAUGCCCCCCAUGCCUAGACGUUCGAACAGAAAUACAGGAGAAAGUUCUAGGAACACUGCAAGAGGACGUUCACGCACAACAUCGAGAUGCCAUACAACUGAUAGGGAAAUAGGACGUGGUACCACCUCGGAGAAACCUCAAGAUGAUGACGACGACGAUGAUUUCAUGCCACAACGACCCCGCCCUCCGAGGCUUCCAUCUCCGGAGGACACCGAUGACCCUGAAAAUGAUGAUGGAUUUGCUCGUACUCAUUUUUACAACUUCCCAGAACCACCUCGGAGACGACAGCCAUCUUACCUGGAUAGCUUUGACCAUCGCACCUAG